CCGUGGCAGGUCCCGGAUGUAUCGGUACACACCUCUGCAAGAUGGCGCCGUCAGGGUUUGGGUGAUCGAGAGAAUUAUUUAUUUCCAGACGGAAUCGAAGCUACUGCGCGCCGCCCGCUGCAACAAACGUUACCUAUGCAAGGAAGGAUGAGAAGUGGACACUGUUUCGUCGAGCCGGGUGCUUAACAGGUGUCCGUAGAAGUGAGAAGAGAGUAAACCAAAGAUGUCUGGGAGUCUAGCAGGAGGUGACCGGAGUCACUUCUGUCCCAGACUUCUGGACUAUAUUGUGAUCGUCGGAGCCAGAAAUCCAAACGGAAACAGCGCCGCACAGACACCAGAGCUGCUACGCAGGUACCCAGUGGAAGACCACGAUGAUUUCCCCCUCCCCCCGGACGUAGUUUUCUUCUGCCAGCCCGAGGGCUGCAUCAGCGCCGGCGUCAAACGGGUUUCCCUGCGGGAGGACAACUCCUUCGUCUUCUCCCUCACGGAGAAGGACUCCAACCGCGUACGGUUCGGAAUCUGCGUGAACUUCUACCGCCCCUUCGAGAAGAGGAACUCGACGGAGCACGGUCGCGGCGGCUGCGGCCCGGCGGGCGAACAGCCGACGCUGCAGAAGCCCAGGACUGACUCGAUAGACGGGGACGAUGAGGGCACGCCGCAGACACACAGGCGGAGGAGGAAGCAGGGCCGGGUGAGGAACAACACGCUCACGUCGCUCUGUAUCGUCAGCCACCAUCCCUUCUUCUCCACGUUCCGCGAGUGUCUGUUUAUCCUGAAGAGACUGAUCGAUGCCUGUAACCAGAGGACGGGAGGGAAGAAAGUCGGAGCUGCCAAGGGAACGUUUAGAAAUUCGGUCUGGGGCGUCCUGACGGGUAACCGUACGGAUGACAAGGCCAGCCUGGUGACGCACGAUGUCCGUGAGCUGGAGACGUGGAUCUGCCGACUUCUCAGCGCGCCGGUGUGCAUCCCGGGGAAGACGCGCGUGGAGGUGUCCAUCCUCCCCACAGACAUGCAGGCGCCCCUGACCUUCGCCCUGCCCGACGCACACAGGUUCUGUCUGGCUGACUUCCCCAUGCACCUCCCACUGGAGCUGCUAGGGGUCGAGACAUGCCUGAAAGUACUCACCUGCAUCCUGCUGGAACACAAGAUUGUACUCCAGUCCAGAGACUACAACGCCCUGUCCAUGAGUGUGAUGGCGUUCGUGGCCAUGAUCUACCCGAUGGAGUACAUGUUCCCAGUCAUCCCCCUCCUCCCCACCUGCAUGAGUUGUGCAGAACAGCUGCUGCUAGUUCCGUCCCCAUACAUUAUCGGAGUCCCCGCCAGCUUCUUCCUCUACAAGGCAGACUUCAAGCUGCCUGAUGAUGUCUGGCUCAUAGACCUGGACUCCAACAAGAUCACAGUGCCACGCUGUGCAGAUGAACUACCUCCCCUUCCUGAACCUGAGGGCACUCAGCUCAAGAACCACCUCAAACAGGCCCUGUCCAGUAUGAGCAUGGCCCCCCAGCCCAUCCUGAACCUGGAUAAGGUGCAGGAGGAGAGUCUGGCCGUGCCGGUGAGGAACGCUUCCCCCUCAACCCCUGAGAUGGGCUUCAACCCGCUCAUCUAUGGGAAUGAUGUGGAUUCUGUCGACAUAGCAACCAGAGUUGCGAUGGUGAAGUUCUUUACCUCCAAGAACGUGCUGGGUGACCACUGGGUGCACACACGCACCCUCAGACUCUACCCCCGGCCUGUGGUGGCCUUCCAGCUCGCUACCUUCCUCAAGUCCAGGGGCAAGCAGACCGACUUCAUCAAGAGACUGGCUGGGACACAGGCUGUGGAGUAUUUUGGAGAAUGGUGCCUGGCUCCAACAAACACAACCUUUCAGAGAAUACAAAACACUGUCCACGACCCAGUGUUGAUCGGGGACAAGCCCAAGUGGUACGCCCACCAGCUGGCCGCCGUGCAGUUCCACGUGUACGACGACAACUCCACCCUGGCCUCCGCGCUGGAGCUCGCCCUGACCGAGCAGGUGGACGACCAAUCAGAGCCGCCCACCGACGAGUCCGGCAGCGACACGGGCUCGGAUGUCAGCGAGGACGCGGGCGGAUCCACCACAAGUUCGUCCUAUUCGUCACUAAGUGACUUUGUGACGGACAUGAUAAACAGUGGCAUUAGUGGUACUACUCCAAGUGUUCCUGAGAUUGAGGUGGACAGAGAGGCCCUGGCUCACUGCUCUCCACCCAGUACAUUACAGGUUCCACCAAUGCUACAGGAGAGCCCCUCCCCCGUCACCAUGUCUCCCCACUCCACAGCCACCACACCCUCCCCGGAGUCUGAGAAACAAGCCAUCAACCCCAUGUUCCACGAAGAGGGAGACAGAGGAAACGACACAGAUGCAGACAUCGACUCGCUGAACUACGACUCAGACUCCAGCCACCCUUCCAAAACCGAUGCCUUGGAGUACAUCGCCAAGCAGGCUAAGGGCAGGCCUGAGCUGGAGACAGACAAUAACAACAUCCCCAAGUCCCGCCCGUACGGCCCGUCCAUGUCCAUGUACGAGCUGCCUGUACACGAGGGGGCGGGGAGGGGGGCAGGGCUGCCCAGUCUGGUGGAGAAAGUAGGUGACCCCCAGUCUGCGUGGUCGCUGGCCUCCAUCGCCAGCAAGAUUUCCAACCUGAAGAUCGACCAAUCCGAUGCUGAGUCCGUCUCCUCGGCCACCAGCAGCGACCGGAAUGGUUAUACACGUAUGAAAAGCAGCAUGAGUAGCUUUUUCUCAUUCGCAACAGAUAGCCUACAGAGGAGCAGUAGUGGAGUGUCCACCCUCAGCACCAGGUCCAGAGGCAGCGACGGAGGCAAGUCAUUCGGCCCCUUCCCAAGAGCUCCCAGCAGCAGGAAGGCGUUAGCAGACAAGUCCCUCAUCAGACACAGCAGCAGUCAGUCAUCCCUUAGGAGACCCCCUCCCCCCUCCAAGGGCAGCCCCCAGUCUCCCCCAGACUCCUCCAAGAUCAACAGCAGUGAAAACCAGCAGUUCCUGAAGGACGUAGUGAGCGGUGUGUUGGAGGGACAGGGUGUGGGCUGGCUGCAGCUGAAGAAGCUGCGGAGGCUGAUGGAGCAGGAGUCUCUGCGCAUGUUUGUCAUCAACCGCCUCCUGGAGAAUGCCGUCAGGGACGAGGAGAACAACAAGGACGGCAGAUACUCCGACCACAUCGAGGACGUGAAAGUGAGCCGUGCGGUGUACAAGGGCAUGUUGGCAGUGCUGAAGGCUUGUGUGGUGGGGCUGGAGCACUCACACGAGAACCAUGUCCCUGGUGGAGUAGCCAGUGCCUUUGGGGUGUUGGAGAUCGCCCAUACACACUACUACACCAAGGAGGUCCCUCAGCUGCCAAAGAGGAAAGAAGACUUUGAUAAAGAUGAAGACAAGGGGAGCAGGAGGAGGAAGAACUACGACACCAGGAGUCUGGAUGAGGAGAACAUGGUCGCAGCUCUAGCUUUGGAAUCCCCCACCUUCAUUCCACUGCCCAGCAUUUCCCUCCCAACUCUUGACCAUUGGCUCCCCGAAUCAGUCCUGUGGGGCAGCUCCUGGAUACCUAAGACAGCUUCUUCCGUCGUCGGUAGUUUGUUGAAAGGCGUCUCUAAGGGGGAAAAGUCUGAUGACGAAACAACCAUAUAUUGGGGAGCGUCCUCUCGCGCUUCCCGUAACCCAGUCUGGACUGCCACUUACCGGUAUAAACCAGGGAGUGACGGUUUUGAGGUUGUUGAAAAACCUGAGGGGUCGACAACAUCUGGUGAGGACAAGGAGUCGGACAGGGAGAGCAUCAUAGAAGGGGCAGAGGGCAUUGAUGAAGACAUCAAGUCAGCAGAAGACCUUCUUUACAUCAAACAGAGGAGAAAAAUGAACAAAAACAACAGUGUUGACUCUGAUACAGUGUCAGAGUCCAGCACUCUUGUUAGCAACAGUUCGGAGACUCUUGCUAAUGACAGUGACUACAGCACGGCCAGCAAUGAGAACCUGUGGCCACAGAGAAUCAACCACCACUCCAUCCGGGCAGCCGUGUCAGACAGCGAGAUCGAGAGAACUGGGGGGCAAAUGUCCCCUGGUCGCAGAGCCCCCACCACCACGUGGCACAGUAAGAGUACUCUCAGUAAAGGCUUCCGCUACAGGAACGGUCAUCUCAUCAGCACAGCAGGAUCCACUCAGGACGGCAUCGAGAGGCAUUACAUCUUUGAGGGACUUAUAGGCCUGGAACGUACCAGCAUCUGGGACCAGAUUCCGUUCUGGGAUGAAGACAGUGAAAUUUCCACCCCCACGAUCCUCACCCCUGAUGGAAAGGAGCGUUCCCAGCUGUGGGAGAACAUGCAGUUCUGGGAGGACGGCUUCCUGGACCUGGUGGCACAGGAGAGGGAGCUGGUGGGCAUGGACCAGGCACCAGCUGACAUGAUUGACAGGUACAAGGCCAUGAGUGCUGAGGACAGAAAACGUCUGGAGGAAGAUGAGGACAAACUCCUGUCAACCCAGUUGUUCAACCUGGUGGCCUACAUGGUCUCCAUGCAGGUGAGUAAGAACGAGUGUCGCAGGAAGGUGAGGAGGCUGCUGGGAAAGUCUCACAUCGGGCUGCUGUACAGUCAGGACAUCAUGGACGUGUUGGACCAGAUCAACAACCUGCACGGAAAUGACAUUGACCUGAAGCCCUACAGCAGCAGAUACAUGAGGAAACAGACGUUUGUGGUCCAUGCAGGCACAGACACACGGGGAGACCUACUCUUCAUGGAGGUGUGUGAUGAUGCGAUUGUGCUGAGGACUGGGAAUGGACAGAUCCAGGAGAGGUGGUGGUACGAGAAACUCAUCAACAUGACCUACUGCCCCAAGACCAAGGUGCUGUGUCUCUGGAGGAAGAAGGACAACCAGACACAGCUCAACAAGUUCUACACCAAGAAGUGCAAGGAGCUUUACUUCUGUGUGAAGGACAGUAUGGAGAAGGCUGCUGCCAAGCAGAAUGGGAAGAAGCCAGGGUACAGCCUUCUAUCCAGGCUGAUAGGAGAGCUACCCAUGGAAGAUGUACAUGGAAGGAACAAGGAUGGUCCAGAGCUGGGAGGAGAGUUUCCUAUCCAGGACAUGCAGACGGGGGAGGGGGGCCUCCUACAAGUCACGCUCGAGGGAAUCAACCUCAAGUUCAUUCACACCCAGGAGCUGGAGGCCUUCAUUGAACUGAAGGACAUCCGGAAGUGCAACACAGAGAAGGGCGUGUUUGUUCUUGAACAGUUUGAUUCCCAGACAAGACAAGUCACCGUUAGAAAAUACAAAUCCGCAAUGGCAAAUGAAAUCUGCUAUGCAGUACUCUGUGUGUUCUCCUAUGUAGCAGCAGCUAAGAGCCAGGAGAAGAGGGAGCUAGAAGCCAAGUCCCCUGUCAAGUAGACUCAACUCUUUAAACCAACAGAGUAAAGUACGGGUUUUGUUUACAGGCCAACAAUUCU